AUCACGGAGUCGACCGCCGCCCCCCGCAAACCGCCCGGGUCCUGCCGGGGGUCUCCCCUCGUCCACCCCUCGUCCACCACCUUGUCCACCACCACCGCCGCUUCUGUCUCUAGGCCAUGGCGGACCGCAAGAUCAACGAGGCGCUGGAGCAUCUGGCGAGCGCGGAGAAGUGUCUCAAGACUGGAUUCCUCAAGUGGAAGCCGGACUACGACGGAGCCGCUUCAGAGUUCAGCAAAGCAGCGGUGGCGUUUAAGAACGCCAAGCAGUACGAUCAGGCCAAGGAGGCCUACCUCAAGGAGGCGCAGUCCCACAAAUUCAACCAAGCGCUCUUCCACUCGGCAAAGGCGUACGAACAGGCGGGGAUGAUGCUGAAGGAGAUGCAGCGUCUGCCCGAGGCCGUGGACCUGAUUGAGCGUGCGAGCACCAUGUACCUGGAGAACGGCACGCCGGACACUGCCGCCAUCGCGCUGGAGCGCGCCGGCAAGCUGGUGGAGACUGUGAAUCUGGACAAGGCCAUCGAGCUGUUCCGGGCUGCAGGGGCGGUGUACGAGAAUGAGGAGAGGAUGCGCCAAGCUGCAGAAAUGUUGGACCGGAUCUCGCGGCUCCUGGUGCGAGGAGGGAGGCUGGACGAGGCGGUUGUGUCUCUGCAAAAGGAGAAGCUCAUGUGUCGCGACCUUGAGAAUUACGCCACCUGCAACAAGAAAACCAUCUCCCAGGUGCUGGUUCACCUGCACCGCAACGACUACGUCGCGGCGGAGAAGUGCGUGCGGGAGAGCUACAGCAUCCCGGGCUUCACGGCGAGCGAGGACUGUGCGGCGCUGGAGCAGCUGCUGGAGGCGUUCGACCAGCAGGACCCCGACGCCGUCUUCGCCGUGUGUAGCUCCCCGCUCUUCAAGUACAUGGACAACGACUACACCAAGCUGGCGCGGAGUCUGCAAGUGGUGGGGGUGCCGUCCAAGAGGAAAGUGGAGUCUCCACUGGCCGGGUCCGGGGGGGGCGAUGGGCCCCAGGCGGGGGCCACCUCCCCCGGCGGGGGGGGCGAGGAGGACGAUGAGUAUGCGGGGGGGCUCUGCUGAACGUACACGCAUGAACACGCACGCACGCACAAACACACGGACAUAUACGCGCACACACACACGCACGCGCGCAAACUUACAUCCGUACACACGUGCAAGAUCAUCCCCCUGUUUAGCGUUGAACAGAUUGUUGGUGCUGUUACAAUGCACAGUGGGGUGGGGCGGCUAAGAUCAACGCCCGGUCACCUUUGUCUCCCCCCAGUGCUGAUGUUUUACACACCGCACCAGGUACUCUAGCAAGGCCGAGUCGACCUAGGGGAGGCCCAGGACCGGUUGAGAUAUUCGCUGUCACUGUUAAGGGCCGUGAGCGGGAACCGAACUCAGGUCGCCGAGUUCGCAGCCCAGUGUGCUAACCGCUGCGCCACCGCUCCCAUCGUCACUAAUUGCACAUACACACACGCACACAGAAAGACUAAAUGCUGUUCGCGAGCAUCGAUGAAGGUCCUAUACAGCGCUAUAGACACACACACAUAUACACACACACGCACAUAUGUAUACAAAGUACAUAUGAACACAAAAACAAAGAAAAAGAUCCCCUGUAUAGCCUUUAACAGACUGUUGGAGCAAGUGCUGUUAGCGAGUAGCACCUAUGAAGGCCGACACGGCACACGAGGCACACAGACAAAUAAACAACCACAUGGACUACAUUUCAACACUCAUUCGCUGCUCGUUUUUAUUUUAUUUUGGGGGGGAGGGGGCAGGGUGGGGAGGAAAUGUGAGGUGACGUGCUAUUGCACCCACCAUAUCACGCCUGGCCCACGUGGGUUCCUCUUUAUGACUGUGUUGCGAUUAACUAAAAUAAUAAUAAGAAGAAGUAGAAUAUUUAUCAUCCUUAUUGCUGGUAUAGAAAACCCCUGUGUCGUGGUGCCACCGUGCCAAGUGGUUUUUGUUCCGUGGACCCUCUGAUGGCAAGGCCGAACCUUCGCCUGCCAGCCUGCUUAGCGGUGACGUCACAAGGGGGGGCCCCUAAUUUCCGGUCCAUGCGGCGGCGGCGGCGUCAUCGAUGAUUCACAAAUCGGUGCGUCGAGUGGGGGGUCGCCGGGGUUUUAUUGGGGGGGGGGGGGGGCCCCCCGCGAUUUUUCUCGUUCGAUACGAUUCCGCGCCGAUUCCGUGCCGAUCCCAUCGUCCGCUUGGCCGCAUUGUCGUCGUGUCGUUGUGGUUGUUCUCUCGUUUACUUUCGUAAUUGUUUCACUUGCUGAUCAAAAAAAAAAAGCACGAUUGAAAUUGCAAACGCGAAAAAUCGUUUGUUAUUUUUCGGAUUCGUUUUAUUUUCUUUCAGGCGGGAAGCCACGCAGCGACCUGUCCGUAUUUGCGUCUUGCUAACGUGUGUUUGUUACGGUAUGUUGAACUUCCUUCGCGCCGUACGUAGCCAACCGUGCAAAUCGGAGGUGCGGGGAAGGGCCGACAAGUUAAACACACACACACAAAAAACGUCACAACGUUUCGUCGUUACGACGUUUCGACGGUGUCUGCACCGCGUGGGUGGUCAUGGUGGUGCGACGCGCAACACCAAGGGCAACACCAAUCCAGGAGAGGCACGUGGCAAGGGUGUAAGGAUACUUCAAUGUAAACCCAACAGCUUCCUUACGUAAAUGGGAAAACCCACCGCCAGUGUCGCCCGUUUAAUGUGCGCACACGCAGACACAGAUUCCCAUUUAACAGCCUUCAAGUGCUGUUAGCGAACACCUAUAAAGGUCGGCACGGCGCACGAGGGGGUGGGUGGCCAGCACCACACCCCCCACUACUGAUGAUUUACACACAGCACCAGGUACUCAUUUGAAGCCCAGUCGACUGAGGGGAGGCCCAGGAGCGGCUUAAAUAUUCGCCACCGUUAUUUCUCGUGAGCUGGUAUCGAACUCGGGUCCGCUGGGUUCCGAGCGCAGCGUACUAACUGCUGCACCACCCCUCUGCGAGGUCGAAUGUCCCUAAGCUCUAUUCCUAGCCCUAUUCCCAAAUUAUCAUGGUUUCAGCUCACGGUGUACGUGGGAGAACGAUUCUCUCACAAUAAAAUAUUUGGCACGUCCGACGCUCGUACGCGUGACAAUUGAAUUUGACAAUAUAAUCUGUGUCGGGUGGUGGAGGAUCUUGCGACACAAAUUUGAGCAGGUCAUUACGUAACCCCGAAAAUAAAUUACGAAUUGCGAUGUUGGCUACGAAAUCGUACGUUGUGAACGAUGAUUGAAGGUCCAAAUAAACAGCUGUUAUUUAAAUUCAAGUCAAAAGUAAUUUCCUGGCUCAAAUGCGCAUGCAUUGAUGUGGCUUUAAUUCUGUUUACAGCCCUGAGCUAGAGAUCGAAAUUCCACGUCCUUAUGGUGGGAGGCGAAUCUGUCCAUAGGACAACUUCAUUUUAUCAACCCCAGACAGCUGAUGAUUCAGCUGUGUCGGGUGGAGGAGGGGUGUACGACACAACAUUGGCAUUGUACAGAGGGAUCGCAAUACGAUGCAAUGGUUUACAUUUAAGCUUCCUCUUCUCCUAUAAUGCGGUGGUUACGUUCCUGAAGAACACCGCGCUGUGGAAAAAAGCGUUAUAAAUAAUAUAUUAUGUCGGGUAAAGCACAGACGUGAGAUGCAUACGCAGGCUGAACAAUGACAGCCCUCGUGGGUAGCAUCUAGAAGCAUCCAGCAGCAUCCCACCUUGUGUGAUGCUACGCUGAAGGCAGCCGUACUACCGCUUAUACACGCGUGACGUAGAUCUGUUCACUAAAUUUGCGUUAUAAAAAGAUGCAUUCCCCAAUACAAUUGUCGCGUUAUAUCCAAAUCGCAUUAUCAAAACACGCGUUGUAGGAGAACAGACCGUACCGCCAUGGGAGAUUGCUGCUAUCAUCGUCAUCAUUGUGGGACUCAAUAUCGUAUCGUAUUGUGAAGAAUCCUUAUCGCGGCGACCCCAGUUGUAAGUGAAGCAGACAUUUGUUGUUAAUGUGAUUUCCCCCCCCCCCCCCCGAAUGUGUUCACGCGUUCUACCCUGACGGAAUAAACAUCGACCCGCU